AAAAGCAGAUCACCAUCAUGAGUGAGGCUAACAAGUCUUUGGAGGAAAUCCUUCCUCAGCUGAAAUGCCACUUCACAUGGAACUUAUUUAAGGAAAAAGGCAUCCCAGAGGACCUGGAAGAGAGAGUGAAUGAGCAGAUUGAAUCUUUAUACCCCAAGUUCAGAGGCACAAUGUACAACAUGCUGGCCUACAUCAAACACUUAGAUGAUCAGAACGAGGCCGCCCUGGAAUGCUUGAAGCAAACUGAAGAGUCCACCCGGCAAGAGCACGCUGACCAAGCAGAGGUCAGAAACUUGGUCACCUGGGGAAACUACGCCUGGGUCUACUACCACCUGGGCCGACUCCCAGAAGCUCAGGCUUACGUGGACAAGGUGAAACAGGUGUGUGAGAAGUUUUCUAACCCCUAUAGCAUUGAGUGUCCUGAGCUGAACAGUGAGGAAGGGUGGACACUGCUUAAGAGUGGAAAGUGGCAAACUGAAAGGGCAAUGGUAUGCUUUGAGAAGAUUCUGGAAAAGCACCCGAAUGACCCUGAAUCUACUAGUGGACUGGCCAUUGCGACUUAUCGCCUAAGAGACAAGCCAACACCUGUGAAUGUCAUUGACCUUCUGCACCAAGCCAUUAAACUGAAUCCUGAUAGCGAGGAUCUUAAAGUUGUUUUAAACUGCAAAGCAGGAAAGGAGGUGAAAGAGCUAAGUUAG